ACAACGAGUAGGAUUGCACUGAAACCUCAGCCGUGUUGCAGAGAAAAAAGUCCGCUUCGACGAUAGUCUUGUGUAUACCGCUUUUGUGAGUGUCGUUGUCAAUCGGUCUGCGAAGACGCGACGCAUAUCGUACAGAAAGAAAAAGCAGGCUCGAAAAAGGUGCCCCUCAAGCUUGUGUCGACUGUGAGGGCGGGGUGGUUUCGACCGCCAAAUUUGAAUUCGAAAGAGUGGUGGCACUCGUGGUGGUGAAUGUGGUUCUAGUCAGGUACUGCUUGCCAGAAGCCCACGUUACAAACGAGAACGCUUUUUGAUAGUGGAUCAGGGAAGUGAGCUUAUUGUGGAUGUGAAGCGACAGUUAUUUAGCAACAGUGGCGGUUACAGAGUGUACACCAAGCAACAAGUGAGCUGUUACGUGCAAGUUAUUGAUAUUAAUCUUCACUUGGAGUAAUAAUAGACCUGUGCGACAACAUGUGUACCAGAAGUGCGAACAGACAACUGAGCGUGGAGCCGUGUAAACGGAAAGUCGGUAUAUUCGUGUCUCGAGAAUCUUCAAUUCAGGAUAUCGACGACAUUGAGGUUCAAAAGGUUGGAGAGCGCGUAGAGCGGCUAUUGAUAGAUGCGCUUGAAAAAGCUGAAGAACUCUGGGCUUCGACUGGCAUCACCACCGUGAAACUCUCCGAGCUUCUCUACAGAAAUAUACUCAAGGUGGGAUUGUUACAUCUGUUAGCGCUCUAUGGGCUUUUGUAUAUACCUUAUAUGAAAUGGGAGACCGCGGCAUGGUCUUUCUUCUAUCUGUCCGUGUCGGGGUUGUCCGUUACGGCCGGAGCCCACAGACUUUGGUGCCACCGUUCAUAUAAAGCACGUUGGCCUUUACGAGCAUUUCUGAUGUUGGCGAAUUGCUGCGUCGCUCAAAAUGAUAUCUACGAUUGGGUUCGAGAUCACCGGGUUCAUCAUAAAUUUUCUGAUACCGACGCUGACCCGCACAAUAUCACGCGGGGUUUAUUCUUCUCGCAUGUUGGAUGGCUUUUUGUUAGGAAGCACCCAGAGGUGACCCGCCUAGGAUCCAAAGUCGACUGCAGUGAUGUUGCCGAGGAUCCCAUUGUUGCGUUUCAGAUCAGACAUUACGUUGUGCUGACCUUACUAUUCGCUACCUUGAUCCCCACGUGUCUGCCCGUAUACUGCUGGGAUGAGUCCAUCUGGGUAGCAUUCUACAUCUGCACGAUAAUCCGUUUGGUCAUUCAGCUCAAUGUAACGUGGUCUGUCAAUUCGUUCGCGCACUAUUUUGGCGAAAAACCGUUCGAUAACACGAUUUGGCCAACAGAAACCAGAUUUGUCGCCUUCGCUGCAGCCGGAGAAGGCUGGCAUAACUACCAUCAUACGUUUCCACACGACUAUGCUUGCUCUGAGCUGGGAUGGUACCUAAACCCUACAAAACUGUUCAUUGACUUUAUGUGGCUAAUAGGAAUGGCCUAUGAUUGCAAACAGGUAACUCAGGAAUCGAUGGACAGUGUCAAGUUCCGUAGAGGCGAUGGCACACGAAGGCCUGCGCAUGCAUCAUGCGAACUUGCUUCAAAAGACGCGUCCGCCAGUAGCCAUCAGUUCUGACACCUCGUAGCCAUUGCAGGACGUAUCGACUAUACAAACAAGUAAACUGUUAAGUGUUGUUGCGAGAAAGUGUAUUGUAUAUUUUGUAAGUACUGCUGAAAGAACAAAACGAUAUACGAUUCUAUAAUAACUUUAUAUCUUGAACGUUACAAUGUUACAUGUCUAAACAACUGAGCCAUUGUUGUUAUUGUCAUUAUCGACAUCCUUGCACGUGGAAGCGUCGUCUGCAUGUAUACAGAAUUAGGUGUGUCUAUACAACUUGCCGGUAUUACGGUAACUGACCUUUAAGAAUUGCAUCCAAAAGUACGUAGACCUGAUGAAAGGACAAUUCAGUGUAAAGUGAUUGAGUAUUCUGGCGCUAACAACACGUAAUGUUAACCAGUGCCAUAUAUAUAUAUAUACACAUAUAUAUAUAUAUAUGUAUAUAUAUGUGUGUAUAUAUAUAUAUACGUAUAUGUAUGUAUGUAUACUACAUCACAGGCAAGCUUAUCGUCUUUUUUGCUUUGAUGUAUGUCACAAAAGAGUGGACACGGCACAGAUUAAAUGUUCAUUCGGUCACUGUUAAGUUUGGGCGUAUAUUGUCUUUAGGACGAAACGAAGACAUGCCAAGGAGCACAAUUUUCUAUAGGCAUUUACUUCCUAGAAUAAUUCAAUUAUCUAAAGGUUAUACCCCUACGAAACAUCGAGAAAAACGUUAUCACUUACAAACAAUGAGUAUCUUUAAUACAACUAUGCUGUAGUGUAUGUUACCGUUAAAAAAAACAUGUGCUGUAGGUUUAGAUCAUGGCCUCCUUCUAUACGCACCAAAGAUCAAGAAACACAUGCCGUCACAGAUAUGGUUGCAAGACACCACGUAUAUCAUUUGUGAUACUCGAAUACGAUAUGGGACUUUAUUGUUAGGGUAAAACGUUAUUUCUACUUUGGGUAAAGUUUAGAUUUAAAAAAAAUGAGCCCUAAAUAUUCACACACCUGGUUGACUCAAUUUCUACAAACGAUUGUACAACGAUACGAUGAAUAUGGUAUUUUGUUCAUCUUCAGCUCGAUUUUUUUAUCAGAGCUGCAACCUAAUGGCUUUAAGCUCUUCAUCUAACCUAUGCGGUUUAACGAAUCGUACCCAUAAUCAAAAA